GUUAAGUUAACCCAUAACUAAAACUACAGUAUAAUCAACUUUUACGCCCAAUUUGAUCGAAGAUGAACUCGAAUCCUCAGAUCUUCACCUCCAUUGACAUGGGAACAAACUCUUUUAAGCUUCUUAUAGUCCACGCCGAUCCUUCUGGUAGAUCUUUUGUUCCAGUCGAGAGACUUAAGGAGCCAGUGGUGUUGUCUCGUGAAUCUCCAACCUCGAUUUCGUCUCAGUCUCAGGAUCGUGCGCUUCAAUCUCUACGAAAAUUCAAAAGUUUGAUCCUCUCGCAUAACGUCUCUGGUGACCGGAUCCGAUGCGUUGCGACGGAAGCCUUGCGGCGAGCGGAGAAUCAGAAACAGUUCGUGGAGGCGGUGUUCGAGGACGUUGGGUUAAAGGUCGAUGUGCUUUCUGGUGAAGAGGAAGCGAGGUUGGUUUAUUUAGGGGUGCUUCAGUUUCUACCUGUGUUUGAGAAAUCAGUGUUGUGUGUUGAUAUUGGUGGUGGUUCUACUGAAUUUGUUGUGGGUAAGUGUGGUGAUGUGAAGCUUGCUGUUUCUUUGAAGCUAGGUCAUGUGAAUUUGACGCAGAUGUUCUUGAAAAAUAAUGGUGAUGGAUUGGAGAAAAUGCGAGACUAUAUCCGUCAUGCGAUUGAUGAGUCUGGUUUAGUGGAUAGAUUGAAAGAAUCUGAUGGUUUUGAGGUGGUUGUGGGAUCUUCAGGAACUAUACGAGCUAUUGAGAAUGCGGUGUUUAGUGGCUACGGAGCUGAUAUGUGUGAAUUCAAUCUGGAGGGGUAUAAGAGAGAUUGGAGAUUUGGUAGAGCAGAGCUGAGCAGCCUUGUAGCGAAGCUAUGCAGUGAGGGAGGAGAUGAAGAGCAGAUUCGGAGAGAUGGAUUUUUCAAGAGAAGAUCAGAGUUCAUUGUUGCUGGGGCCGUAUUGUUGGAGGAAAUAUUCAAGGCUUUUGCUAUCGAGGAAAUGGAGGUCUCUGAGUAUGCAUUGGCAGAGGGUGUGAUUGCUGAUUCUUUGGCUAAAGCUUUUGAUGGAUUAUAUGAUUUGAAUGCCAAUGCAAGGUGGCGAUCCGUCAUGAGGCUUGCCACUCGAUUCAAUGCUAAAAAGCGAAUGAAUCAUGCUAUACGCUGUGCCAACAUCGCCAAGGCGAUCUUUGUAGGUUUGAGGAAAUGCAAUGAUUUUAACCUUAUCCUAGACGAUAAGGAUCUUGAGUAUCUAGAAGCUGCGUGUUUCUUGCACAAUAUCGGAAUCAUCACAGGGAAAAAGGGAUAUCAUAAGCAGUCUUAUCAUAUCGUCAAGAAUGGAGAUCAUCUCCAUAGCUACACUGCAGAGGAAGUCGAGCUUAUAGCAUUGCUUGUGAGAUACCAAAGAAAAAAGUUUCCCAAGCUUGAUCGUGCACCUUUUAAAGACUUCACUGGGGAGGCAAAGCAAAAAUUCAUAAUUUUGUGUUUGAUUAUACGAUUAUCUGUGAUAAUUCAACGAAGUGAGAAUGUGGAUCUCCAAGAAGUUGAAUUUCUUGGAUCUUCCGAGAGCUUCAAACUCGUACUGAAAGAACAACACCAGGGACCCUUAGAAGUUGGUUGUCAAGAUCAAGUAAACAAAAACUCUGAUGCAUCGCAAUUGGAAAAAGAAUUUGAGCAUUUUAAAAGGGUAAGCUUCCAUUACCCAAAAGUUUCGAUCAAUUUCUCUUUUAAUAAUCAAAUGUUUGAAUUGCAAUGAACUCUCAGCUAUCAGCAAGUAUCUAUGAUUGAUUGGAAACAGUAAAAUAGACAAAACGAAGCCUCACUAACUAACGUAGGCUAUGUAGCCAAAGUCUCCAUAUGCAACUUUUUGUUAUUCUUUUGCCUUGAACUGAUCAGGUAUACAAAAAGGAAAUGGUGGUUGUUUUUCCUUCCUGAAAACCAAUCAGACGGGUUGCUAAGCCAACAAGUCAUUGGUAAUUAUUAAACUGAAUCUCUCACAGGUACGAGAAAUUUUCUCUGCAUUAAAGAUAGAAAGCGUGUUAUACAGUUAUACUAUAUAAUAACGGCCAUCACAAAGCAUUUCCACUGUUACGUUAAAACUAAAUCACUCCAUUAUUUGAUUCAUUGAGCUGCUGGAUUUUCCUGGUGGUUUUCGUUGUCCAAAUCCUGAAGUCGAAAACGUCAGGUGGUCUUUACUAUUCUUCAGUCAGUUAUCUUGUAGUAUAAUUUGCCUGAUGGUAAAACUACAAUUUGCCUCUUUCUUAAAGCAGAGAAAGAAUGGAAAUCCGGAUGAACACUAAGAGAUGGUGCAUCCUCAAUACUCUUGACCUAGACUCUGUAAAUUACUAAAUUUUUGUGUUCGUUUCCUUACCUUCUCUUCCCAACCUUGCGACCGUGUUUCUCUGCGCAUUUCCCUAAUGUUGUAACGAUAUUGAACUUGUUUUCUAUUGUAUUCUAGUUUUACAGACUCUCUC